AUGGACAGUCUUUCUACACGAGGCCAAAGCUUCGUGGCACAAAAGCCGACUUUCUUCGACGUCCUGAGUGACCUCUGGGAUCCCAAAUCCAAUCCCAAUGGAAUUCUUAAUAUCGGACUGGCGGAAAACACUUUGAUGCACACCGAAAUGAAGGAAUUUAUCAACGCCAAUGCACACAUCACCACUCAUGCACUUACCUAUGGAGACGGCUUCAGCGGCUCGCAAAGACUGAAAGAGGCUAUUUGUCACUUCCUCAACAAUCAAUUUUCUCCAGCUGCACCACUCGAUUCCACCCACAUAACGAUCACGUCUGGUGUCAGCAAUGCAAUUGAAUGUUGUGCCUGGGCUUUGGCCGAUGCUGGUGAUUAUGUGCUCGUCGGGCGACCGUAUUUCAACGCAUUCAAGUCCACUCUUGGAACGCGACCUGGAGUUAAGCUCCUUGAGGUCUCUUUUGGAACAAUGGAUCCAUUCAGCCUAGAGGCUGUUCAGAGAUAUGAGGAGGCAUACGCCGCAGCAAAGAGCCAAGCUCGCAACGUCAGAGCGCUUAUAUUGUGUUCACCACAUAAUCCACUUGGCCGGUGCUAUCCCAGACAUGUCCUCCAAGAGUACAUGAAGUUUUGCCACAGACAUGGACUGCAUCUUAUUUCCGACGAGAUCUAUGCCUUGACGGUUUGGGAAAACCCGCGUCUCAAAGAAGCACCUGGCUUUCAGUCUAUACUUUCAAUGACCAAUGAGUCGUUGAUGGAUCCGAGUAUGGUACACGCUGUAUGGGGCUUAAGUAAAGACUUCGGCGCAACCGGUUUGCGGAUCGGCUGCUUGAUCAGUCAGGCAAACAUGCCUCUCUUAGAUGCGGCUGAUGGUAUCUCUUUGUACAAUAUGCCUUCAAGUCUUGCAGAUCAAGUUGCCGCAUCACUUUUGAAAGAUGAUGAGUUCGUGGGAAAUUAUACAAUGACCAACAGGAGACGCUUGGCAGACAGCUACUUGUUUGCAACCGACUUUUUGAAAACCCAUGGCAUUCCUUACCUGGAGUCCAAUGCGGCACUGUUUAUUUGGAUCAACCUUGGAUCUGUAUUUCAAGAUGGCUUGGGUACAGAUGAAGAGAUCUUGUUGAAGCUUCGAAAAGAAAAGGUAUACAUUGCCAGAGGAACAAUCUAUGCAUCGGAAGAAGCUGGGUGGUUUCGAAUGGUAUUUGCGCACCCAAAAGAUGUGCUAGAGGAAGGACUAAACAGAAUGCUUCGAGCGAUCAAGCCUUAG